CUCCCCUCACCGCCUCCUCCUCCCGCUCCUCUCUCCACCUCCUCCUCAGGCCACCUCCUUCCCCCCGCUCCUCCCGCCACCUCCUCCCGUUCCUCUCUCCACCUCCUUCCUCCCGCUCCUCCCGCCACCUCCUCCCGUUCCUCUCUCCACCUCCUUCCUCCCGCUCCUCCCGCCGGCUCCUCCCGGGGCGGGCGCUCCGGCCGCGGCCGUGUCAGCCCAGCCACGGCAGCAGCGAGCAUGUCCUCCAGUCGGGCCAAGAAAGUGAAGAUGGCCACCAAGUCCUGCCCCGAGUGCGACCAGCAGGUUCCUGUUGCAUGUAAAUCAUGUCCCUGUGGCUACAUAUUUAUCAGUCGAAAACUCUUGCAUGCUAAACGUGCUGAGAGAUCACCACCCAUCACAGAAAACAAGAGUGAGGCCAAAAGGAGGCGGACAGAGAGAGUUAAGCGAGAGAAGAUAAAUUCUGCAGUAAAUAAAGACUUAGAAAACCGAAAAAGAUCCAGGUCUAACAGCCAUUCAGAUCAUAGCAGACGAGGAAGAGGAAGACCUAAGAGUGCCUCAGCGAAAAAGCACGAGGAAGAAAGAGAGAAACAAGAAAAAGAAGUUGACAUGUAUGCUAACCUUUCAGAUGAAAAGGCCUUCGUAUUUUCAGUGGCCUUGGCGGAAAUAAACAGAAAAAUUAUCAAUCAAAGACUUAUUCUGUAACUUGUGAGCACAAUCUGAUGCAGUUUUAUGCAGGAUGGCUAGCAGACUUCCAAGGUGCCAUGGACUCUCGGAAAGUGUGUUGUUCUGCACCAACAAGGACCGUAGCAUUUCCUGUGAAAAUUCUUCUCCUGUUCUUGGAAAUCGAAUUCUGUCUCUACAAGUCAGAAAGAAAGUGGCCACAAGAUUGUGCUGUGAAAAAUCAGAAAGCAGAUAAUGUUUCACACCUUGAAGACAAAUGCUAGACAAAUGCACAGAGAGACUGCACCCAUUCCAGAGCACUUCUUUUGAAUUUGCUGCCAGAAAUGCAAUAUUUUAAAUAUUUUCAGAAAUAAAUGAUUUUCCUUUAAAAUUAUAUAUUUCAGAUUUUUCAGCUAUAUUGCAGUUUAUGUAUGUACAGUUCACGUAACUUUUUAAUAAAUUGAUAUUCCAAUA